UCGUCCGUGUCAGACAACGCAGGCUCCUCGUCUCCCCCAGCCUCUGGGAUAGCUUCGCAGUGUUGGCAGUGAACCAAGUCAUUUUUUAACUCAAAAUGGUCCCAUGCAACACUUCGCCGUGACCUCUUCAUGUUUACUUUGGAAAUGGAACUACACGGUAACUCGCAGCCAGUCGCAGGUAACUGAGUAGGACUGUGGCGUUUUUUUCAAACACUGCCCCCCGUGGUCAAAUGUGUAAUUAGCGAAUUUCUCGAUGAAAUAAUUAUUUCAUCGACGAAAUUCUUAAUGAUCAAUUAAUCGAUUGUCGAUUAAUUAUGCCCAUCCCUAAUUGCUUUACACGCGUCUUUGUGAAAUAUGCAUUCACAAGCUAACCUUUUGCUGUCUUUGAGCUAGGUUACUGUUAGCUUUAUUAAGAGAUAAGUGAGUGGCCAAAUUCCCUUUUUGAUUGUGACAAUGUAAAAUAUUGUAUUCAUAAUCCAGCGAAAAGGCCAAAGGGAGAAGGAAAAAUCACAUAUUGUUUGUGUAUUGAAUGAGAGCAUUGUGACUCCUAUGUGCAGCGCAACAGACUCUGCAGUGUCUUCCAACAAUGGCUUCUUCCAGGAAUUUCUCUGUGCAGCUGUGUUCUGCUAAACCAGACACUGCCAGAGAUUCUUUUCAGAGAAGCGCUCUGUGAGGAAAUGACCUAGAGGCCUUACAGAUACAUUUGUGCUUUUGUCGCUCCAAUUCAUGGGAGAACAGCAAGACCUGGAAGCGUACUUGGUUCCUCGGUGAGUAAUAUCUACCUCAGCCAGAAGACGAGGGAGAGACCAGGAAGCUGCUGGAGACUUGAGACAGGCAGACAGAGCUAUCAGCUGGCCACUCGCUCACUGCCUACAGAGUCCUGCUAUUCGAAGAGGGUUUAAGACGGACUGGAUCUGUCUGCCCUUCUCCCACUGCUACUCUACCAGCCAGUGUUCGAGCCACAUCCUCUGGUUCCAGCAUCAUUUACUCACUUGUUUUUUUUUAUUAGUUGUUUUUCGCUCAGUGCUGUUGACCAGUUUCUCAUUAUCCUUGGAUUCUUUUUUUCGUUUUUGGUUUCAGCUUUUAAAAUGAUUUUCUAUUUUUAUCAGUGCAGACUGGUAUAGGUUUAUAUACGUGCUCGAUAGAUGCUCUAUAUACUGUAUGAAGGACUUUUUUUCUGAAGGAAAGUUAAUGUACUCGAGAGCUCAAAUACUCCUUUUGAAAUGGAAGUUGUGUUUUUGACUUUCCUUCCCUAUUAGGAUAAUUUUGUUUGAAGCUGGAAACAGAUAAUCUGGAGUGUCUGUGCUGUUUUUUAAGCUGGGUCUGACGUAUCUGCAGCAGGGCUGCAUGUAAGAAUUUCACUCAGCCUGUUAGCCUUUUCCCAUCGCCCCCCGACCUCACCCCUUUCCAUGCUGCCUCUCCACAGGGCAAACUGAGAUGAGCUUCUGGCAGGUGGAAUCCUUAGGCUGUCUUUUUACAUAACUUGAAAGAUUUCACGAUUGAUUGGUCUGGCUUUUUUCUAAAAAGGACAAGAGCACUUUGCGGGUAAAACAAAGUAAAAACAGAGCUUCCGGUGCUGUUGCACCACUUAUGUAUUGUUGUAGUGCACAGGAAAAUAAAAUGGACUACAAGCGUCGCUUUUUGCUGGGCGGGUCCAAGCAGAAAGUGCAACAGCACCAGCAGUACCAAAUGCCUGAGCUGAGCCGGUCCCUGAGUGCCUCACUGGCCUCCACUUGUUCGGCAUCUUCGCCCAUUGGCACUGGUGUGGGCUUGCCUGGCAGCUGCCAGCCGCCCCCUUCCUCUGCCACCACUGCGGUUGCAGACAUCCAGCAAGGCAUCUCAAAAUAUUUGGAUGCCCUCAACGUGUUCUGCCGGGCCAGCGCCUUCCUCACAGACUUGUUCAGCAGUGUGUUCAGGAACUCUCACUAUUCCAAAGCAGCUAUGCAACUGAAGGACGUGCAGGAACACGUCAUGGAAGCGGCCAGCAGGCUGACUGCAGCAAUAAAGCCUGAGAUUGCCAAGAUGCUGAUGGAGCUGAGCGCUGGUGCCGCAAAUUUCAAAGACCAGAACGACUUCAGCCUGCAGGAUGUUGAGGUACUGGGACGGUGCUUCCUCACUGUGAUGCAGGUCCACUUCCAGUUUCUAUCACAGGCUUUGCAGAAGGUCCAGCCUGUCGCUCAGUCCUGCCUGGCGGAGGCUCUUGCCCAGGCCCAGGAGCGCUGUGCCAACGCCCGCUCCCAAGGCUCAGACCUCGGGCCCCUCACAGAGCUGGAGGAUGCGUCCCGCUCAUGGAAAGGUGCAGCUGAGGCUACGGCGAGACUGAGAGAGAGGGGCCGGGACGGCUGCCUGGCAGGCAUCCAGGUUCAGCAGCUCUUUUGCUCCAACAACACCAUCAUCCCUGAGCAUCAGCUGAAGGAGCUUAACAUGAAGAUUGACAAUGCUUUACAGGCCUAUAAAGCAGCACUAGAGAGCCUGGGCCAUAGUGAGUAUGCACUGAAGGGUGGCUUUCAUCUUAACCCCAAAGCUGUGGAGGUAGCCUUACAGGGCUGCUGCAGUGAGGCGGAGGCCCAGCAGGCAGGGAGGAUGCAGACCACCUCCCAGUCUAUCCAGUGUGAGCUGCCCACUAUCCCUCUGCAGAUCGGCUCACAUUUCCUCAAAGGAGUGUCCUUCAAUGAGUCAGCGGCUGAAAACCUUAAACUGAAAACGCACACGAUGCUGCUGCUCAUUAAGGAGGCGCUUGGCCAGAACGGAGUGACCCCAAGGGACGACUCUCCUGUCACUGAGGUCCUCAACCACGUCUGCCCAUCCAGGUGGAGAGGAGCCUGCAAGACAGCUGUCCAGCUGUUGUUCGCCCAGGCUGGUCUGGUGGUUGUUGACACAGCUCAGAUUGAGAACAAGGAGGCCUACGCUCCUCAAAUCACUCUGGAGGGCUCCAAGGUUGUGGUCCAAGUUCCUUCUACAUGGUGUCUGAAGGAGGACCCAUCCACCAUGUCCCUGCUCCAGCGGAGUUUGGACCCAGAGAAAACACUUGGUCUAGUUGACAUGCUCUACACGGCUGUGUUUGACAUCAACAAGUGGAAGGAGAGAAAAGAGCAGGCCUUGCCCACUAUUCAGAUCCAGCUGCAGCGGGAGAUCCCAGACUAUAGCGCCCAUGUAGACCUUCCUCUAGGCACCAGCUCCAAGACCUCUAGUGGACUGCCCAAAACUAUAUCCAAGCUGACUUCCAAGUUCACCAAGAAGGUCUCAUCCAGCUCGAACAGUGGCGGCAGUUACUCCAUCCCAAGCACGCCGUCUCGCAGCAUGCUUAGCACCAGUAGCUCUGAGGAUAAGGCCAAGAGCCUGGGCCACAGUGACGGGAGGCUGCAGUGUAUCCUGCAGAUGGCAAGCCUGUCCUCCACUCCUGACCCUACGCAGCAAAGCCAGCUGGCAAACGGCUUGGUGUCCGAUGACCAGGGAAUGAACUUGCCAACUGACCAAGAGAUGCAGGAUGUCAUCGACUUUCUCUCAGGAUUCAACAUGGGUAAGUCUCAGCAGGCCUCGCCCCUGGUCAAGAGGAGGAACUCUGUGGCAUCUGCAAACCCGGCUGAGCUGAAGCCGCCCAGUGGACCCCCACCAACUUCCCAGACUAUCUCCCUACAGCCCCCAGCUCAGACCAUGCCUCAGCCCCAGCCUCCAGCAGUGCAGAAGCAGCAGCAGCAGCCACAAUCACAGCCACCUCCUCCUACUCCGCAGCAACAACAUCAACCCCAACAGCCUCCUCCUGCUGCUCCUCAACAGCCCUCUCCACAGGCCCUGCAGUACUACCAGCACCUCCUGCAGCCCAUCAGUCAGCAGCAGCCCCCUCCUCCUCAGCUUCCUCCUCAACAGAACCCACCACAGGUCCUGCCACAGCAGAGAGUGGCGAGUAAGUGGCUUGGCACAUCCGGUCAGCAACCACCACCGCAAGGCCCCCCAGCAGGGCUGUCCCCUCUGGGACCCAUCGGGCAGUGGGGGUCCCCUGGACUGCCAGAUCUGAGUUCAGACCUGUACAGUCUCGGCCUGGUCAGCACCUACAUGGACAGUGUCAUGUCAGAGAUGCUCGGUCAGAAGCCGCAGGGACCUCGAAACAACACGUGGCCCAACAGGGACCAGAGCGAGGGUGUGUUCGGAGUCCUAGGAGACACGCUGCCAUUUGACCCAGCAGUUGGCUCGGAUCCAGAGUUUGCACGUUACGUUGCCGGUGUCAGUCAGGCCAUGCAGCAGAAACGGCAGGUGCAGCACAUCCGUCGCCCUAGCAACACGCGCAGCAACUGGCCAAUGCCCGAUGAGCAGCAUCGAACCUGGUCCCACCCUGAGUAUUACAGUGAGGGUGAGGCAGUGAACAGCAGCUGGUCGGCCAAUCAGGGGGACUCGGCCAGCUCCAGCGAUGAGACGUCCUCAGCCAAUGGGGACAGUCUAUUCUCCAUGUUUUCUGGGCCUGACCUCGUAGCAGCAGUUAAACAAAGGAGAAAACACAGCUGUGGUGAGCCGGAGGUGUGCACCCUGCCCUCACCCCCACUCCAUCACAUUGGAGAUGACAGCCAGGACAGCAAAACUAAAACCUGGCCUCCCAAAGCCCCAUGGCAGCACUCCACCCACUCUCACAACAACACCAUGCCCAAUCCCAGCUCUUCCUUGUACCAGAUGAACAUCCCUCCUUCCUCCCAGUGGAGUGACUCCAUGCAGAUGCUGCAGUCUCCUGUGUGGUCCACUGCCAGCGACUGCUCCCCCUCCACCUGCAUUUCCUCUGGUUUUCCCAGUUUCUCCCAGCAGCAACAGCAGCAGCAGCAGCAGCAGCAACAACAACAACAACAACAACAACAACAACAACAGCAACACAAACCCAUGACUAAGGGCUUUAAAUCCUUCCCCCUCAAACACGAGCACAGGCCCUCCUACCUUCACCAGUACUGACCAAUCCGUAAUGUUGAAUGAGUCCACGGUGAAGUGCCACGGAGGAGCUGUAGCUCGUGUGCAUUGAGCCACUGAGUGGGCCAAGCUGCAGCCUUUCACUCUCUACACCCACUGAAUUGGAAGAUUUCAAAGCCUCAGAGGCAAAAAUUAUGUUCACACACUGGCUCAACAUUUUUGUAUCUAUAUUUUUCCAUAUCAAACAUCCCCAUUGGAAAGAGAGAGGCAUAUUUUGAAGUUUUUUCAACUGCCAUGUUUUAACUACAGAAAAGGUGCAUGUGUCAUGCUGGCAGCAGUUAGUCUAAGUGGUUGUUUCUCUGUCUGUUGAGCUGACGUCUCCUCAGACAAGAGCUGGAGACGUGCACGGCCGUCACCCACUUGCUUCUGCAGCUUAACGUGUGAAAGUGUGUGUGUGUGUGUGUAUGGAAGGGUGCGUGUAUGUGUGUGUUUGGAAAGGUGUGUGUGUAAGUGCGCAUGUGUGUGUGUGUUGGAGAGAGAGCGAGGGGGGUAUUAACAAGGGGCAGGGGCUUGAAAUGCUCUCAUUUUGCCCACAUUGAUGAAUAUACUGUGUCUACAUAGCUGUAACUGCCAAAUCUCACGCUAGAUGACUCAGAAUACAGCUACCAUCUACUGUUUCAUAGCUUGUAAAAUACUGAAGUAGAAAUAUAAAUAUUUAGUUCUUUUUAUUAAGAGGCUUUGAGCAGGCUCAGCAUAAUUAUAGUAAAUCACUGCAGACGUGUAAUUUGAGAGAAAUACACUACUUUUUUCAACAACUGACCAGAGUUAUGAGUGAUAGCAGUAACUGUGUGCCAUGUUGGUAUUGAUAGCACUUGCAAAAUAAAAUUUCCAACCAAAGCGUUGUCGAGAUGUCGAACGACGUUGAUGAGAUAGGAGUAACACACCCCACUUCCCGAGACCAGAAGGGGGGGCGUCUUUACACCCGUGAGCGCGUUCAAUUCCUCCUCUCCAAUUGGUGACUGUUUGCUCCGGAUUGACACUAACUCCAAUAAACCUAAACCUUUCUUCUGUUUAAUAAUACAAUAUAUUUCUUGUACAACUAUUGACAGUAUUAAUCUUAUUUUUGUAUUUUCUUACAUGUUAUACCAUUACUGUAUGUUAGUAUUCUUGUAGCCAUAUUACAUGAACACAUUUAUUUUCCACCUCCCAAUAUGUGAAAAAAGCACAUUUUUUUCCUACAGCAGUUGAACUACACCAUCUUAUCUCUAAAGGUUACCAAAUAUGCCAUUGUCAACACUAAACCAGUGAUGGGGGGGUUUUCGAGCCCUUGUUUCUUUGGUUUCUAUGGCGAUAGGCUGCAUUUCAAGAGCCCAGAAUGUUAUCUUUUUGUGAUGUUUGCGGAUGCCAAUGUUGCCUGUAUUUAUGAAAUGACACCAUGUUUUCAGAAAACUAACAUACUUAACAUGUUUACAGAGAAUUGUUUGCUGUAUAUACAUAUAAAUAUAUAUCUUUUUAUAGUCAAUGUGCUUUGCACAAUCAAGAUAUAGGGUUUGUUGCUUUUUGUCUGUGUUAUCUUCCUAACUCUUGCAGCCUUUUUUAAAGACAUCAUUACAGACCUUGGACUGUAACUGUUAGCUUCUCAGCUGUGUCAAAUGGUUUACUAGUGGCUUCUACAAAAAAAGAAUAAAAAAAUAAAUAAAAAUCCUGUUGCCCUGAUAGAAGAUAUGAAGGGGAACUGCUUGGCUUAUGUUGCUUAUUGUUCUCUUGAGCUGGCAACUGAAUCUUUCCAAGUGUACCAGCAAUGCAAAAAAUAAAUAAAAAUGACUAGCAAUUCAAAA